AUGGAAUGCCUCAAGGAAAAAUUCGUUGGCGGUGCCCUUCUCAAUGGACGGUAUCAGACCAUCUCCCCUCUCAACCAUGGAUCUUUCGGUAUGGUGUUUAAGGCACAGGAUCUCACCACCAAUGAGCCUGUUGCUAUCAAGUGCCUAACCAAAAAGAGCGCAUGUCCCGACGGUACUUCUGACUUCGCUGUCGAUGAGAAGUCAGAGGAGCAGGCUUUGCACAGUCGCCUCGGAUCCCACGAAAACAUUGUCAACCUGAUCGAUUCAUUCGAGACUGAGUCUCACAUCUAUCUGGUCCUCGAGUUUUGUGGUCAGGGCGAUCUUUACGAAGCAAUCCGAAAAGGUCAUGGCCCCCUCGAGACCGAGCAUGUUCGCCAAUUCAUGCUGGAACUCAUUGAUGCCGUCGAUUACAUGCACUCUAAGGGAGUUUACCACCGCGACAUCAAGCCCGAGAACAUUUUCCUUACCCAGGAUGGUGCCAUGAAACUUGGUGACUUCGGUUUGGCAACCACAGAGAAGUGGUCAUAUGAGAUGACUGUUGGUAGUGAUCGUUAUAUGGCCCCUGAACAGUUCGACUCGGCUGGCGCUGGUUACUCACCAGCCGAAGCGGACAUCUGGGCCAUUGGUAUCUGCCUCCUCAAUAUUCUCUUCUCUCGCAACCCCUUCACUACCCCAACCGAGGCCGACCCCCUUUUCCUCGAUUACUCUCGGGACAAGCAAUCUCUCUUUGAUGUCUUCCCAUCUAUGUCCCAGGAUACCUAUGAAGUCCUCGUGCAGUGCAUGAACCUUGACCCCAGACGACGUUCAUUGGAAGGCGCUCGUGAGGCUCUCCUUCGUGUUGUUACGUUCACCACAGAUGACGAGGAGGACGAUGAGUACUGCGGUGCUGAGUCUCCCAAUGUGGCCUCUGCCAAUCGUGAGCCUCUCCGCACCCCAUCCAUCCAGUCUCCCGCCGUCGACACCGGAGCUUUCCCCUGGGCCAAGGCUCUCCAUGGCACAACUCAUCUUGGACGUCAACUCAGCGUCAUUCCCGACGACGAAAGCUACACGGAGGAGCUUUUCCCCAAGUCCGAAGCGACGACGACCGAUUGGUGCUCUGCCAACAUGCAGACUCCCAUGUCGUCUGUUUACGAUUCUCACUUGGGCGCCUCCAUGAAGUCACUUGCCAUCAAGCCCACUGCCCGAUUCAAUCGGGCCUCGGCUACUGCUGGCUCACUCCCCAUCAGCAUGGCUAAGCCUAUGCCUGCCAUGUCUAUGGUGUUUGGUCGACGUCAGGAAGCUGUGUCUAAGAGCUGGAGCGACAUGUGGGAUGAAGAUGAAGAGGAGGAAGAGAUGGAACAGCAACGUCAAAUGCUUCAAGAGCUCAACGCCAGGACUUGGAGCCAGGAAAGCAAGGAGGAGAAGAAAAAGGAGCAGGAGGAGGUCGAGACGAUCGACAUCGUUGAGCCUGAGCUUGGACCAGCGUCGCAUGCCCAUGACAUCAAGGGCGAUGUCGAUGAUGACCUGGUCGCUGACGGCUUCUUUUUCCAAGAGGCACCAGCGCCCAAGACUCAACACAUCACCAUCACACCUCAUUAUUCUCAUUCUCCUAUGUCUAAGCCGCGAAGCUCUAUGGAUAAGUGGGCGGCUUUGGGCGAGCGACGCCGUGGUCAAGCUGCUACUUUGGAUUCUAUUAAGUCGGUGGAAUUUUCUAAGCCCCGACGACACAAUUUUGGUUUUGGAUACAACAAAUCUUACGAAGCGGGCGUUUGGGAUCAUUCUAAUUAUCAUCAUAAAUUUGGGGCCGCUAAAGAACGGUCUAACAGCAAGGAAUGUCCCUGGAACAAGGGCAGAGAUUGGAAUUGGCGUCGGGAUAGACGCGCCGAUCUCGGUGACGUUGAGUGGGUUGGAGGUUGGUAA